UUUAUUUUGGUUUAGCGUAUGUUGCAAUCGCGUCACAGUCAGACGAAAAUUCAGUAUCAUUGAAAACGUUUCAAAAAACACACAACUACAAAACAACAGCACAACAAAAAUAGAGCAAAAAAAAUGUCACGACAUCGUUUGAAUUUAUUGAAAUUGUUUGUGAUUUUAUACAGUAUUUGUGGUGGCAGCUCACACAUUCGGCCACUCUACGAAGAAUUACAAAUUAAUCGAUCGAUUGCCGAAUACUUUCAAGUGGAAGACACUCUGUGGACGGCCAUUGAACGUCGAACGGAAAACACAUUGGAGCUGAUUUACAAUGAGCACAAGAUUCGAUUAAAUGAAAAUUUAUUUCAAAACAUCAUUGAACGGAAUCGAAUUGGCGUCGAUUUGGAGCUGACAAAUGGCUUGAGAUUUCUCAACGACACAACGACCAAUGUGUACAACAUAAUUAAAUCACGCGAUUAUGGUGGAUUGAUCCGGUUUGCGAGCAGCCAUCGUGUAAAGAAUAUCACCGAUGCCAUUGAAAAAAUCAGCCGGGCUUCAGUUUCAUCCGAUUUGUGGCGUGAUUUAAAUGAAGAUGCCCGGAUUUGUAAGCAACAUUACACAACAAACUACCAGUCGGAACAUCAAAUGUUGGUUGAAGUGUACAAAGAUGUUGAGACGAGCAUUUUGCGCGGAUACAUGGUUGUGCAGUUGAGUUUCAUGAUACUUGGCCUUCGAGACACUGACAAAUACCGAAAUGAAUCGAGGAACCUGCAUCUUACAGUCAUGGAGCAUAACAACAAUUUACGCUCAAGCAUCAAAGAGGUUAUUUCGCAUGCAAGCCGUGACGUGUACUCAUGCAGUCCGGAUAAUUAUGUGUUUGAGUCAACGGAAUAUGAGAUGAUAACUGGGUUUCUGCAAGGAUUUGUUGACAAUGAAAUCAACCUCAAUAGGGAACAUACAUGCAAAAAUACUUGUGCAGACUAUCGGCUAACUCGACAGUAUGGUUGCCACAACGACACCCCUUGCGGUCUUCCGAUCAAGAAUCAACGCAUCAACAAAUGCAAAGGCAUUUUGAGGAACUGUGAAUUCAUCGGAUCGGAUUUGGAAAUAUGCCCGUCGACCGUUGACAUGAGACGCUAUAAAUAUUUGAAAUAUGAAAAUGGUCGGCAAUUGGGCGACAAAGGUGGAUGUGCCCAGGGCAUCGAAACCAAAUCUUGGACAGAUUGGUUUUAUAGAUGUCACAAUUGCUUCUGCAUAUGCGACGAAUCAGACAGUGCAUCCGACAGAUAUUUCAGUUUGCGUAAUGUGGUCUCCGACAUUGAAGCGAACCAAAUCGUUACCGGCAUUCAUAUCGCAAAACCAAAUCGCAUAAUAGAAUUGGUCAUUUCAGAGCGAAAAUUACUGGGUUUUGGCCGCUUAAAACCGACUAAUAACUAUUUUCAUCAUAAUUUUCCCCAGUGGUCACGAUCACACCCAAAGCUCAGCUUGAACGAUCCGGAUAUUCAGAAAGGCAUUGAUUACCAUACACUUACCUACGAAAAUCGAUCGAUCAACUUCGAUACAAUUAUCGUUCCGCAAGGCCAUGUGAUCACUGGGGUUCGUUUUGCAUUGUUCAAAGGGCAUUUGCGUUUGGAAGUGAGAGCAACCGAAUUCGAUUAUGAAACCGGUACCUUAAUGAAUUUGGCAAACAGCACUUGGCACGGCAAUGACAAUGGCGGUCGAUUGGAAAUCUAUUUGAACAAGCCAAAACCAGUCGGCUUGCACGGUUAUCCAAUAAUCAAUAACAUACCAGAUUCAUAUGUGAAAUUUACACCCACCGACCAAGAUUCUGAUGCAUCGCAAACAAUCGUACCCUAUUUGGAAACUCAGAAAGUCGAGCCAAUCGUACCCAUGCCACUCAGUGGUGUGGGACUUUAUUAUAAAGGAAGGCCCGGAAACGGCGGUGUAAUCGCACCAAAACUUGUCGUUUACAAUUUCGAAUCCAUCAUUUAGCUUAAACAACCGUAAAAU